AUGCAUACUCCUAAGAAUCAAAUGAAAAUGAUCAAAGCAAACUCGCUUGCAACGUUCCUCAAGGAUGACAUGAGUUUCUCCUGGGAAGACGAUCUCUUCGACAGCGAUGAAGAAGAAACAGUCGUCAUGCGCAAAACGAGUAUUAGAUUUUCUAACAAUAUUUCCAUCCAAGAAAUCCCUUGUAUCAGCGACCUGGAGACCAGUGAGAUUUCUGAUGUCUGGUACUGCCAUCAGUACUUCGCCACCAUGAAGUCAGAGUGUAGAGAGCUAGCCAAGUCGGUCACGUCUGGCAGAAUUGAGGUAUCUAACGACAUUUGCUUGCGCGGCUUGGAAGAGAAACUUCACCGAAGCAAAAAGAAGAUCAACCGAAGUGAAGCUAUUGGUGCCGUCCUGAACGAGCAAGAUGCCCAAUUUGCCUAUGGAGAACAAGCCCCCGAGAUGAUUGCACAAAUCUACCAUGAAUUUGCAGCCCACUGCAUUGAGGAGGCAGUCAAGGUCGCACUUCGAGAUCAAGUAACAGCUACUGAGAUCCACGGCGGGAUUCCUUUUUCGAUUUCAAGUUUAAGUUCUCCAUCACCUGAAGAUGAAAGAUACACGUCAGCGAUCUUAGGCAUUCCAGGUUUAGGAAGCCCAACAUUGGUUGCUGCAUAG